UCAUAUAUCAAGACGAGCUGCUCGACACUCACGCACGCGCAGCCUACCAGCUGAGGUCCACAUACACGGAGCUUCGGCGCCACCACGACGCACCCCCCUCACCCAUUGACCGAGGACCGAUAAGGAAGAAUCAAUAUUGAUAUUGGCAAGGCGGCAUGGCGCUCCCUCCAAUCGUACCGCGGUUUCGCAGGGGCCCAGGCCCGGUGUCUCCCGUCUCAGCUCGGACGUCUAGCGACUUUACCUUUACGGAUGCAGCGUCGUCUCGCGUCAUUUCCCUUGACGAGCGCAAUUUGAUUGCAAGUAUAAUCGCCGAUCUUUCCGACAGCUGCGAGACGGCUUUUGCUCGAGCACAUUUCCAAGCACACGAGUGGGGCCCACGGUAUUCACAUCUGCGAGAGCAAGAUUGCUACGACCGACCAUAUAGCAGACGAUCGCGACCACGGACCCAAGGCACCGCCACAUCAUACACGCCUUCAAAUCUGCGCGAGGACCUCCGUGAGAUCCGACCCUAUCUGCGUGAAAGCACAUUGAUGGCACUAGAAGGAAUAUUAGCAAACGGCAUCGGUAUCAGAGACAACAUGGCUAAAACCCCCAAAACCCCACUCACUCCACUCACUCCUUUGUCACCGCAGUCAGAAGAGGGCUACUACGUGCCCGUUAUACUCGACUCCUCCCACCCGUCCGGACGCUCGACCAGAACAAACAGCGUCAAGUUCGACGACUACGUGGACGAGCCUGGAGCUUCGACACGCGACAAGAGACCGAGUGCUAAGAGCAUCUUGCGAAACGCCCAUAACGCAAUGGACGAACAGCCAGACAGCCAGCAGCCGCCUGCUGAAGGCGAAACGGCUCCCAGGACACCGGCCGCGCCCGUCUACCCAUCAAAAGCGAAAACGGCAGUCAUCAUGGUGUCACUGUACAUUUCCAUUUUUCUCGUGGCUCUCGACCGGACAAUCAUGGGCCCUGCGAUUCCAGCUAUUACAAACACGUUCAACAGCAUAGACGACAUUGGAUGGUACGGCAGCGCGUACAUGCUCACAGCCGCGGGCUUCAUUCUGCUGUACGGCCGCGUCUACACGUUUUUCUCCACCAAGGCGGUUUUCCUGUCUGGCAUCGUUUUGUUCGAGGUUGGCAGCGUGAUUUGCGGCGCGGCCACGAGCAGCACCAUGCUCAUCAUCGGGCGAGCAAUUGCAGGUCUCGGCAGCAGCGGCAUCUUCACGGGCGCCAUUCUCAUCAUGCUCAACACGGUUCCGCUCGAAAAGCGGCCUAUGCUGCAGGGCCUUUUCGGCGCGUGCUUUGGUGUCGCGUCCGUGGCUGGGCCCUUGCUCGGCGGCGCCUUCACUCAGAGCUCGGCUGGGUGGAGAUGGUGCUUUUGGAUCAAUCUGCCGCUGGGAGGCAUCACCCUUUUGGUUGUGUUUUUCAUGCUCAAGCUGGAAGAGAACAAGUCGAAGCUCAAGACGUGGGGCGAAACGAUACGACAGCUCGACCCCGUGGGCACCGCGCUCUUUCUGCCAUCCAUCACCUGUCUGCUGCUCGCGUUGGAAUGGGGCGCGGCGGAUUACCCGUGGUCGUCACCGAGAAUAGUUGCUCUUCUGGUCGUCUUUGCGGUGCUCCUCGUUGCUUUCAUUGCAUGGCAAUACUUUACUCGCCACACAACGGCUACUAUUCCUGCACAUAUCGUCCUUCAACGGAGCGUGGCUUGUGGCGGCGCCUCGCAGUUUUGCGUGGGAGCCACGAUGCUUACGGUUUCGAUAUACAUUCCCCUCUGGUUCCAGGCGAUCAAGGGUGUUUCAGCAAUGCAGUCUGGAAUCAACACCAUCCCGCUCGUUCUCUCGGUGGUGGUUGGCUCCAUCCUCUCUGGUGGCCUGGUCCAGCGUUUUGGCUACUACACUCCGUUUAUGAUUGUUGGGUCCAUUCUGAUGGCUCUCGGUGUUGGUCUCAUCACCACCUGGACCAAAAACACGGGUACCGGCAUGUGGAUCGGGUACCAGAUUAUUGUGGGCUUCGGAGUGGGAAGCACCAUGCAGCACCCCAACAUUGCGGUCCAAACGGUGUUGCGGAAGCAGGACGUGCCAAUCGGCACGGCUAUUCUCUCGCUGUGCCAGACACUGGGUGGAGCCGUCUUCACGGCAGUGGGCCAAAACUUGUACAUUAGCAAGUUCACUGAGGGCUUGGAGGCGAUUGGCGGCAUCGUCCCCCAGCGCGUGCUUGGUGCCGGAGCAACCGACCUCACCAAGCACGUUCCGCCGGAGAUUGUCGAUAGGGUCCUAGACGCAUACAAUGUAGCGUUGACCAAGGGAACCUUCUUCGCGGCUCUCAUCAUUGCCUGCUUCGCACUGCCAGCGGCACUGGGCAUGGAAUGGCGCAGUGUCAAGAACAAGCAGGAGGCGCAACGCGCACCCACAGAUGUGGAAAAACAAGCACCUGAUUCCCAGCAGCCUCAGAGCGUCCUGAGGACCUCGGAAUCCGGCAGCUCAGAGGCAGACGAUGUCAGUACCCCGUUGCCUCCUCCGCCAGUGCCGUCGUGGCGGAAGACGUUCCGAGCCAGCGGGCACUUCUCGUCGUACCUGACGGCCAAGGUCAACCCCGAUCUCCGUGGUGAAUUGCGCGCGUCCAGAUAGACGGGCGGCGAGGGCGAGUCUAAUGUAUAAUCUGCCAAUCCCCCCCCCCAAACAAGAGGUUCGCGUGGCCACGCGAGGGCCAUUCGAGUCAUUUCCAUUCCUUUACAUGCGCGCCCGGCCGCUUCCGGGCAGCAUGUGCAUAUUUCCUAAUCACCACGUGUAUAGUAGAGGUAAAUGAAGCAAAAAAGCGUAUGUACGUAGUUUAUCUGUCCACGGGGCACAUGUUUAUGCAGCAACCAAUAUUUUAUUUUGUCGUCG